CAGGAGAACCUAUUUUGGUAUUUUUGGGUCUUUUUUAUUAACUUGCAACGAGGGAAUGCGAUUCGCUUGUUCCCUGGGGUUCUUCGCUGGUAUCAAUUGGUUCGAUCGCGUGGGGGCGUUGUCCAGUAGUCAAUCCUGAGAAGGAGAAGGAGAAGGAGAAGGAGAGGGAUUGGUGUUUGAAGGAGAAGGAGAAGAAGAAAGAGAGGGAUUGGUGUUUGGAUGGGCUCCAUAAGCAUGCUAUCGCCUUCACCUUGUGGCAACCCUUGCCGUCGUCGUCAGCUCGUUAUGAAGCAGAACAAUUGUUGCUUGUUUGGUCAAGCAUCUCUAGGACUGAGAGGGAGGAGAGGAUCACCGCAUCAUCAUCAUCAUCAGCAGCAGCAUCAUCAUCAUACAUCUUCCAUGUGUAGAGCUCUGAACACGCACGACUUUCCUGACUGGUCUGAUAGAAGCAGCCCCCUCCAGAGUGGAGAUCGUGAUGGCGCCAGCCACUCAUUUCACUGUAAUUCAUUCACUCAUCCUCUUGUAAUACUGAUACAUAACAAGGUGAGGAAGGAGAUUGAGAGAUGCUACCAACUGAUUCACAGGUUGGGGCGUGGGGCCGUUUACUUGGGUUCUUCCAGAGUAAACACUGGCCAUCCUCAUUACUUACAAGCACUUGAAUUGGCAAGGGAGAUUGCAAAACUACUGAACUGCACCACAUGGACAGGAGUAGGUCCUGGUCUCAUGGACGCGGCUGUCAAGGGAGCUCUUGAAGCAAAGAAGCCAGUUGGUGGAUUCAAAAUAGCAAAAGAGGCGGGUGAAUGGACAACCUCUAAUUUCCACCCUUACCUUCCUCCUGAAACAUAUCUUACAUGCAGAUUCUUCUCAGCAAGGAAGCAUGGGUUGGUGGAUGCUGCGGUAAGGAAUAAACCAUCAGAUAUGACAGCUGUGGUUGCUUUUCCAGGUGGGAUUGGCACAUUGGAUGAGAUAUUUGAGAUCCUGGCCUUGAUUCAGCUGGAAAGGAUAGGCUCCAACCUACCUGUGCCAUUCCUUCUUUUGAAUUAUGAUUCAUUUUAUUCGAAGCUGCUAGAUUUUUUCGAUGAUUGUGAGAAGUGGGGAACAGUUGCACGAGGAGAGGUUGCAUCAUUGUGGAAGGUGUGUGAUGGAAAUUUGGAGGCGUUGGAGUACUUGGCUGACUUCUAUAGCCUUCCCCAAAGCAAAAGGGACUUCAAUAUUGGAGAUAGCGUGCAACCUGGGAUGGCAUCAUAGUAUUUUGGAUGCAUAGUCUUCAUUCCUUGCAGCCCACCUGCCAACUGAUUGAUUCCCCAGGAAAGAGAAAUCACUCCCCCAAGUUCUUUUUCCCAAUAUAUGCAGUCCUGUGUGACUAAUUUGCAGAAACAAUUCUUCCGUCUUGAAUAGUUGAUUUUCACUGAUGAGGUGAUGAACAGUGUAUUGCAUGAUUACAUCCUUUAUGUUGGCUCUUGCAAGUCAGCAUUUUCAAUUUCUAGGUGUAUUGACAGAUACUGUGUUUUUGAGUUGGUGCUGUUAUGUGGGAUCUUGAAAUUAACAAUGGGCAGGCGGUGUGGUUUUGUUCUA